GCGCUUGCGGUGCGAACAUAAAUAUGGGCACAACCGAAAAGUUAAAUGUCGUUUAUAAACGGGAAGACUGCGUUGCCAAAACGUCUCCACGAACGCAAACGAGUUAAUAUGCAUCGCGGCACUACGACAGUUAUCGGACGAGCAGCUGACUGCCAGCGGUCGGCCACCGUCGUGGUCCUGCGUCGCAAACCCGCUCGAGCCGCAGCUAAGGCGCCGAUCCGACUCUUCGCUAUUGCGCAUGAUACUGCGGCUCUCGAGGCUGCCCCAUCCUCAACUGAUCUUGAAUCAGAACAGCCUCGGAGCCGGCGACCACGCCCCCGAUUCUCACCUGCCGACCAAUGGGCGUGUAGCGGAGGCGGACCUAGUCGCUAAAUACUCAUGCAUGGUUUUAGUGGGAUUUGCCAACAGCUGCGCGGCCGCUUUCGGGACGUUCCGGUGUAAGUGCUCCGCUACGGAGAGAGCGUACGGAUAGGAGGGGAUGGUGACAGGGCACGAGUGAAAGGGUGCCACCGGGAUCCAUGGCCGAAGAGGCUCGGCAAUGAAAUAUCUGUAGAACGGGACACUUUAAGAUAUGAAGAGGUUUCUUGCGGGUUGGCAAUAGUACUAUGAUUUGGUAUGUGGUCGUUUUGAUAGCGUGUGUAUUCAGCGCCGAAGGAUCGUCUAAACAAGGUCCCCGCAAAGCAAGAGAGGAGCCUCGGUUUGUGACAGCGCGUGCUGGUGAGAGCGUGGUGCUGGGAUGUGACGUGUCCUGGCCCCUGAGUGGCCCACAGCCUGCCUAUGUGGUGGAGUGGUUCCGGUCCGGCGUGCCUAUGCCCUUCUUCAUCAGUUUCCGCUUCUACCCGCCGCAUGUGGACCCAGAGUAUGCUGGUAGAGUCACACUCCAGGGGAAGGCCUCGCUGCGGAUCGAGCAGGUGCGCUCUGCAGACCAGGGCUGGUACGAGUGCAGGGUCCUGGUGCUGGAGCAGCAGACAGAUCCAUUCCAAAAUGGCAGUUGGGUACACCUUACUGUCAAAGCCCCGCCCACAUUCACAGGUACACCCCCACAGUAUGUGGAGGCCAGGGAAGGUGGCAGCGUGACCCUGAGCUGUGCCGCUGUGGGGAAUCCCAAGCCCGUGGUGAGCUGGCAGAGGGAGGGCAAGCGGCUCGGAGACAGUGAUAAGUACCAGGUGACCGACGGGCAGCUGACGGUCGUGUCGCUCCUGCGGGAGGACGGCGGUGUCUACGCUUGCCACGCCCACAGCCCUCAGGGGGAGGCCGUUCACUCCACCCACCUCCUCAUUCAAGGGUCACCAUUUAUUGUUACACCACCCAAGAACAUAACUGUAAACAUAUCUCAAAACGCAUUCUUCACCUGCCAAGCAGAGGCAUACCCUGCAAACCUGACCUACACCUGGUACUGGGAGGAGGACAACGUCUACUUCAAGAACGACCUGAAGCUGCGGGUGCGAAUCCUGAUUGACGGGACCCUCAUCAUCUUUCGAGUGAAGCCGGAGGACACUGGGAAAUAUACCUGCAGUCCCAGCAACAGCUUAGGCCUGUCGCCCACAGCUUCGGCACACCUCAUCGUCCAGUAUCCGGCCCGAGUGGUUAACAUGCCCACUGUAAUCUACGUCCCGAAGAGGAUGACGGGUUACAUCCGCUGUCCCACGGACGCCAGCCCUCCGGUGACAUGGGUGAAGUGGGAAAAGGACGGUUUUCCUCUGAGGAUAGAGAAGCACCCAGGAUGGAGUUUAACAGACGACGGAAGUAUCCGUGUCACGGAGGUGACAGAGGAGUCAGUGGGCACCUACACCUGCAUGCCUUACAACAUCCUGGGUACCACCGGAAGGUCACUCCCCGCUAAACUGAUACUAAAGGAUCCGCCGUACUUCAGUGUGAGGCCCGGCCCAGAGUACAGACAGGAUGCUGGGAAGCAACUGCUUAUCCCCUGUGCUGCUUCUGGAGACCCGGAGGUCCCAGCAAUCACAUGGAGAAAGGUAGGAAAGCCAAGCGUGAGCAAACACAGCGUCCUGCCCAACGGCAGCCUGCAGUUCCACUCCGUCAGCAAGGACGACCAUGGCGAGUGGGAGUGCGUGGCCACCAACGUCGUCACCAGCAUCACAGCCAGCACUCAUCUCUUGGUGGCUGGCACGAGUCCGCACUCCCCAGUCAAUCUCCGUGUGUCUCCUGCCAUGACCUCAGCCAAUGUAUCCUGGGAGCCGGGCUAUGACGGUGGAUUCGAGCAGACAUUUUCAGUCUGGUACGGCCCCGUGGUGAAGAAGGCACGGCUGGGGCCACACGACUGGCAGUCCACUCCGGCUGGGCCCCACACCUCGCUGCUCAUUCAGGGUUUGGAGCCCCACAUGUCCUACCAGUUCAGCGUGCUGGCCCUAAACAAGCUGGGCACCGGUCCCUUUAGCGAGGUUGUCACUGCCACCACGCUGGCCUUCCCUAAGACUACCCCGGAACCACUGGUGCUACUGACUCCACCCAGGUGCCUCAUAGCCAAUCGGACGCAGCAAGGAAUUCUGCUGGCCUGGCUCCCUCCGGCCAAUCACACGUCACCGAUCGAGCGCUACAUCAUGGAGCUCCGCCUCGGAGAUCGGUGGGAAGUCCUGGACGAAGCGAUCCCGGCCGGGGUGACAGAGCUGCUGGCGAGAGACCUAGUCCAGGAGACGUGGUACGAGUUCCGAGUCAUGGCCGUCAUGGAAGACCUCAUCAGUGAAAGCAGUAAUGUAGUGGGAGUUUCAAGUACAGAAAUAGUCUUACCUCCAGAAGUAGCCGAGGAGGGACUUGCCCGCCCCGUAGUGGCAGGUGUGGUGGCCACACUCUGCUUCCUGGCUGCCGCGGUUCUCUUCAGCACCCUGGCGGCCUUCUUUGUCAACAAACAGCGGCGGCAGAAGCUGAAACGCAAGCCAGAUCCCCCUCUGUCUAUUACACACUGCAGAAAAAGUGUGGAGACUGCCUCUUCCUCGGGGAAAGCGAGUCCUGAAAGCCCGCGGUCUGUGGGCCCUCCGGCUGCCAAAGAAGGCCCCGCGGAGCGGGAGGUGAGCAAGCCAGCCGCGGCGGCCAAGCCCGAGUCCGCCCUACCCAUCGAGCUGAUCAGCCGCGGGCCGGACGGCCGCUUUGUCAUGGAGCCACCCUUCCAACCGGGACGCAUCCAGGGCUUCCCCUUUGUGGAGGAGUCGGACCAGUAUCCGGAGUUCCGCCAGUCGGAUGAGGAGAACGAUGACCCGCCCCCCAUGCCCUCCGCGGUGACCAUGCUCAGGCUCUCACCCGUGUCAUCCAGCCAGGAGUCCUACGGGCAGCCCCCCGCCUACAGCCCCCACCCCCAAAGCCCCAUGACCGGCGUGAGCCUCAUCGAGAGCCCAGCGCAGAAUGGAGGAGGUCUCCAUCCCAUAACCCUGCCCCAAGGCCCGUACCGUGCCUACACAAGCAGGCCCGGAGCCCUGGAGCUCCCGUCGUCCUUCUACAUGCCGGAGAGCAGCCCGGGCAGUUCCACUAUGUCUUCACCUCCCCUGCUUCACGAGGCACGUUUCAUCCAGCCCGGCCUUUUAGAGGAGAGAUUCGUGGGUGAGAUCCAGCACUUCGGUCCCCGCAGCAGUCCCCUCCUCCCUUUUGCUCCUCUCUCGGGACCCCAGUUGUUCUUCCCUCCUCACCAACAUUUCCGCCUGUGUCCGGAGCUCCCGGAACCGUCGCUGCCUGUACCCCACAUCACUCCACCGGAACAUCUGCAGCCCUCCUUCUUCCAGGUGCCUUCAUUCCCGGGGCCCAUGCUGCUGGAGGCUCCCGUCGGCCCCCAGGUCCAGUCCCCCAGCAGGGCACUGCGUUCGAUUGCUCAAGAGGCCCGUGUGCCGGGUCAGCUGAGACACACCAGCAACGGAAUGGGCGUGCUGGUACUGCCUUCUCCCGCCCCGCAGCUGGCGGUUGACCUUCCCUGGUGGUCGGCAGCCCGACCUCAGCUCAGCCCCAGGGCGAUGCGGCGUGCUGACGUGACCCUGGGUCAGGUGCUCUUGCGGCCCUCGUGCCUCUCCCCGCUCACUCAGAGCCCCUCCAAGUCCCACCAAGCCCCCCCGGAGAGUUUCGUCCGCCCUCGACCCCGGCCAGCCCUGGCCCUCCUUCCCAUAAGGCCCGAGCUGGGGACGGUUGCUUUGCCCCCUCCCACAAGCGAAUCUCCCACUCCCCCACGAGCCACCCCAACUUGCCAAGCCUCUAUGGUGUUAGGAACAAGCUGCCCACCCCAAUCCCCAUCCCUUCCAAAAGAUGGCAGCGAGACAUUUGAACAGAUGGCGUCCCAGAGAAGGACAGAUGAAGAAGGCCAGUCAUCAAAAUAAUCUCACCUUCUGCAUUCAGAUUCAGGGUAGGAAGUCAUCGCUUUCAGCUUCAAGAUAGGCAAUACUUCUCUGUCGGCCAAUAUAUGCAAACAGUCCUCAUUUCUGUAGUAUAUCAACUGAUAUCAUCAACCAUUAUGGAAUAAACCCUCACAGAGAAUAUUGGCUGCUAGGUCCAAUUUCUCUGUACAGCCACAAGGGGGCGACAACCAAUUUCUAGUGCUCUUUGUUUCCAUGCCUGGUGUGACCUUCUGUCAGUGAGCUGCCAAGCUGCCCUUUGUGGACUGGAAGACGGAGUCAGUCAGGCACAUGCCCCAAAAUUGGCCACUUACUUGACCAUACUCCCUCAUCUCCAUUUAAAGUGUGACGAUUUUUCUUUCUUUUUUUUUAAUCACCAUGUAAGACACCCUGUAGAACAGGAGCAUUAAUUUUGAGGUAAACCCCUUUUUAGAAUAUAUUCUUAAUCACAUGACCAGUUCAGUUUGGUCACAUGACCAAACCUGUCAUGUGUUACGGAUACAUUUACUGUGUUCAUUGCUAUCUGAUGGUUAUGAUUUUCUUCAUUUCUGUGUCACCAAGAAAACACCAUGUGCAUCACAGGUAACUUCAGGUGGGCUUGCAGGUACAAGACAAUUAAGAUCCAGGAGCUCUAGGCUUCUCAGGUCCUCCAACUCGAAGAAACUCUACCUCUGCUAGACAGAGAAGGCCAGCCAUGCACAGUCCAUAGAUCUGCUUCCCAUUCCUGCUCUACCAACAGCAGACCUGGGAGCAGGCGUCCGCCAAGGACACCAAGUCAAUGUGAUUGCCUCCAAUGGUACGACCCAACAAACAGGCUGGCCGAAUAAAUAUGGCUGCUUCCCCUCAGACUGGCCAACAAACUUUGUGCUUGAGUCAAAAUUGCUACAUUAUCCUCCCUCAACAAGACCAACUUGCCCGUUUUCCUCCAUAACCAUUGAUCCAACAUGAAUGUCUCCAUUAAUACUGCCCGACCAUCAUGAAAUCCCCCUGGCUCCCAACAAAGUUAAUGAUUUUCCCAACCUGUGUAAAGUCUUACUCCAAUGCAGAGUUUCCGCUGCUUUGCUCCCUACAGUAUAUUGUCAACUGGAUUCUGUCCUACCUCACAGUGCCAAAGAGUCAUACAGUCAUAAGUCACAGAAUCACGUUAUCUCUAAUAUGCUUCCUCGCGUAAAAUUAACUGAAAACGAAGAAAACUUUAGCUGUUAUUUGAAUUCAUGUGAAUGAUAAAUAGGACGUUCCUACAUGUCCUGUUGAAUGAUUUCACAUUAUGCCUAAAUCCAUGCCAAGAGCUUGACACCAUGAAAGGAGUUGUGAUUAUUUACUGCACCUGAGAACAAAAAAAUAUUCAUGAUUAUCUGCCGGACCAGUGGCUUCUUGUUCCUGACACUAAAGGCAUGACAUGGAUGGAGUGGUUUGUGUACGGAAUGUCAAAGCACAACAUAACACAUAAAAAAACACAUCAUGCUUUAAUAGUAACUUCUCCUUGUUCUGGGUGGCAAACCAAUGUGGUAUCUUAGCUACUAACUAUAGUCAUGUUCAUGCUGACAGACAACUGCGUUUCUUACUGUUAACUUUGUACAAAAUUAGUAUUGUCUGUCUUGCUUAUUUAUGAUCGGAAGUUCUUCUCUUUAGAUGCGUUGGAAUAACUCGUUGUGUGCUGGGCCCGUAGAACAUGGGAACGAUGGUCACUACCCUGGAUGUGGAACUCGUGUAUAGUUUACAGGCGGAGGAACAUUGCAAUAGGAAUGCCAGAGAUCUUCCAUUCUAUAAUAUCACAGCUGGUCAGGAAUACUCCCUAUCGUAGGACCCUGUGGCUGGGAGUCCACUGCUUGGUUCACAGGCUUUUUGCUUUCCUUCGAUGGAAAAUCUAGAGGCACCUUUUAGAAUUUACUCGUAUCACUUUUCCACUUCUUUCGAUGCAUUCAUUUUAAUUAAAUUGCAGCAUAAGCGAUGUUUCCCUGGAGAAAUAACUUCAUCAGGAUUCAAGCUUGGCGCAGGUGCUCCGAACAAUUGUACACUUGGAAACUCGCAGUGUUUAGAGGUAAAUAUUUCCACAUCCGGCGGUUUUAUUUUGUACUGAAUGCUUUUGUUAUUGUAUUACUGUUUCUUUUGAAUGAGUCCCAGUCAUCCCAUUAAAUGAUGCUUCCUGGGUGUCAACUACCCUCCCCUCCCCAAUACUGACACAAUUGUUACGGAUGAAAAAAUUUAAUAGAUUGUUUAUUCGGCCUGACAAACCUUAUUGAACUUGGAUGGCAUUUUCUUGGCUGAAGUGGUGCUGUGGACAGAACUUGGUGCUACGUCUUUUUAAGCCUCCCAUGGUGCUCUAUCUGAAUGGAAAAUGGACCAGCAGAGCAACGCCGAACAGAGUGAGGAGGUACUACCACUGUCCCAGUGGUGACGUGCUUCGUACAGUGAUACAGUGACAAUACAGAAAUCGAAUUGAUGAAAUCAGAAUUGGAUGACCGAUUGUAUUGUUGUACUUUGAUUCUGAAACACUGUUCGCUCUUUUGUGUAACACUUGUGCUGCUUCUUCCUCUUUUGGAAAUCGGGACAAUCACAAAUGGGUUUUCUUUCAAUCACUCGUGUUUUUUUGCGUUUUGUUUCCGUCACUCCAAAUUUUCUGCUAUUGGUCCCUGUCAGUCAGAAUUCAAAUUAGAAGUGUAGUAAGAAAAGUAUGUUAACGCUCAUGCUAAAACUGAAAGUAAAUGCACUGUUGUGUGUGCUUCAAACAGCAUGUUUUCAUAAUGCUUACCUUGAGUAUUAUUUUAAUGUCUUCUGUGAUGGCGCUAAUGUAUUAACGAUAAACUUAUGAAAUAUUCAUAUUAAAUGCCAUGUUCCACGUG